CAGCAUCCCACCUACAACUCUCACCACAUCAAAUAUAGAACCCAACAAGACAUCAUCUUUCAAAAUGAAGGCCUACUGGUACGACAACAAGCCGGGCGACCAACGCCUCCCCCACGACUCCAACCGCCCGGUAACAGAAGCCUACCUCUCCUCCAUCGGCGUCUUCUACCGCCACUGCCCCACGAUCGACAUGGUCGACGCGCUGGCCGCCGAACGCGGCUACAAGAACCGCGACGAGGUGACCGUGUCCCCCACGACGAUGGGCGAGGCCUACGAGGACAAGGUGAAGAUGUUCUUCGCGGAGCAUCUGCAUGAGGACGAGGAGAUCCGCUAUAUCCGCGACGGGCAGGGAUACUUUGAUGUGAGGGGGAAGGAGGAUGAGUGGGUGCGGAUUUUGCUGAAGAGGGAUGAUUUGAUUGUUUUGCCGGCGGGCAUUUAUCAUCGGUUUACGACUGAUGAUCAGAAUUACGUCAAAGCUAUGCGUCUCUUCCAGGAAGAGCCCAAGUGGACGCCGCUCAACCGUAGCGGUGACGUCGAUGUUAACCCCCAUCGCAAGACGUAUGUCGAGACUCUUGGGAAUGCCCCUGUGGCUGCUGCGCAGUAGACCCGGGUCGGAUCUUCGAAAGAUAAGAUAGGAAUAGAACCACAUAUAUUUUGUGGUGUCGUUAGUCAAUUGCAUGAAUGAAUCUAUGAUCUGUAUAUACCAAGGCUUUGAUUAUGAUAUCCUUC